AUGCCACGUCUUCUAUGUCUCCGUAUCAUUUUAGAUGCCAUUCGUUCGAAAUAUCGAAUUAAGCAAAUUAAUUAUGAUGAAUGUUAUUAUUCUUUAAUUCGACCAACACUUGUUCAAUUCAUUGUCGACGAGCGACGACGAAUUGUUAAAACAGUAGUAUCAACAAACGUGUCACCACCUUCUCCACUGCCAGCAGGACAACAACAACAACAACAGAUUCAGCAUAGCAAUGAACAACAAGCAACGACGGAUGAUAAUGCUUAA